AUGGCCCAGCAAUUAGAAACAGAGCCAUUGGUCUCCCUAUGGACACGAUCCCUGAUUUCCGGAGCAGUAGCCGGCCUCACCGUCGAUUGCUCUCUCUAUCCCCUCGACACAAUCAAAACUCGUCUACAGAAAGCUAGACACCAUGCUCCAAGCACGCCAGCACCCGCCCUGUCGCUAAGACAAACCAUCCGCGGCAUCUAUGCGGGUCUCCCAUCCGUGCUGUUCGGCUCCGCCCCCUCCGCCGCAUCCUUCUUCAUCGUCUACGACGGCGUCAAACGCUCUCUCCUCCAUCCCUCUGGCUCCGACGCGGCCGCCUCGCGCUCCCACAUCGUCCUCACACACUCGCUCGCCUCCUCGAUGGGCGAGAUCGCCGCAUGCGCCGUGCGGGUGCCGACGGAGGUGGUCAAGCAGCGGGCACAGGCCGGUCUCUUCGGUGGAUCGAGUCUGCUCGCGCUCAAGGACAUCCUGGCGCUGCGGCAUCCGGACCCGACGGGGAAUGCGAAGCACGGGUACGGGCAGGUCAUCCGGGAGCUGUACCGCGGGGCGGGGAUCACGAUUGCGCGGGAGAUCCCCUUCACGGUGCUGCAGUUUACCAUGUGGGAGUCGAUGAAGGAGGCGUAUGCCAAGCGCGUGCUGGUGCCGUCGUCGGAGUCGGGCGCGCUGAUUCAGGUUCCUGCGUCCACAAGCGCAAUAUUUGGGAGCGUUGCGGGGUCGAUUGCGGCGGGGUUGACGACGCCGCUGGAUGUUAUUAAGACUCGGGUGAUGCUGGCGCGGCGGGGCGAUGGCAGCGCCCGCGUGCGCAUCCGCGAUGUCGUGCAGGAGAUCUCUGGGGAAGGAUUCGGGGCGUUCUGGCGCGGGAUUGGGCCGCGAGUGGCGUGGAUUGGGAUUGGGGGCGCGGUGUUUCUGGGGAGUUACCAGUGGGCGUGGAAUACCCUUGAGCGGAAGAGGGAAUCGCAAUAG